AUGGCUGCUCGUCGGCGAGUUCGAAACCUUGAAGAUUUGAACGAAAACAACAAUGAGAGAGGCUGCACGUUCGAGCAAUUUAAUCGCAUUCAUCCGCCCACCUUUGAUGGAAGGGGCGAUUCCAAUGCAGCUGAGGAUUGGAUUCAAGACAUCGAAGAGAUAUUUAGUGUUUUGGAGUGCACCAAUCAACAGAAAGUUCGUUUUGCAGCUUUUAAAUUGAUCGGAGAAGCGAAGAGAUGGUGGAACUCUGAGAAAGCCAUCAGAGAAAAUGGCGGAACUGGAGAAGUGAGCUGGCCUCACUUUAAGCAAAACUUCUUCCACCGUUUCUUUCGGAAAGCAGACCAGGAAGCUAGAGCCCGAGAGUUUACAAACUUGGUGCAAGGGACCAUGACGGUACGCCAGUAUGCUGCAAAAUUUGCAGAGUUGUCACACUUCGCCUCAUAUUUGAUUCCCGAUGAGGAGAAGAAAACCCGAAGAAAGGAAAAUGGGUCAUGUUUCCGAUGUGGAAAGACUGGCCAUUUCAUCAAAGAAUGUCCAUUACUGUCAGACGACAAGAAUAAGACCAAUACACCUCCAGGUCCCCGUCAGACGACACAGGGAAACAAUCAACGUAGAAUGGGACCAGCUCAAGUGUUUGCAUUGACAGCUGAAGAUGUUGAGGACGAUAACAAUGCGAUCACAGUUGUGUAA